AUGGCAACUAUCCCAGAAGCGAUCACCAUGCCGCCCCUGUUGCGCGCUAUGAGCCCAGACUCGCUCGUGACCACCAGGUCCUCGUCCUCUGGCGUCUGGGGAUCUGGCGAGGCCACACCGGUGACAUCUCCUCCCAGUUCCCGUGGCGAGUCUCCUGAGCGUAAGCCGGAUCAACUCGAUGGAGUUCCACGGCACACUCGGUCAGAUGCCACCACCAUCGUGACGCUUUCCUCAGCACCUCCAGUCAGGAACAUCUGCUUUGUCGGAGCAGGCUUCGUUGGUGGCCCGACGGCAGCCCUUAUUGCCUACCACAACCCUUCCAUCGUCGUCAACGUCGUGGACCUCAACACCGAGCGCAUCGCGGCAUGGAACGCGAAUCACCUACCCAUCCAUGAGAUAGGCCUGCCCAAGAUCGUGCGGAUCGCCCGCGAUGGCACCAACGAGACUACCGUCACGGGACUUCCAGGCAUGGCGGAGUCGUCCGGCCUUCGCCUGCCGGCGCGCAAGCCCAACCUCUUCUUCUCGACCAACGUCACCCCUUGCAUCGCGGAGGCAGACAUCAUCUUCAUCUGCGUCAACACACCCACCAAGACCUACGGCAUCGGGGCCGGCGCCAGCGCGGACCUGGGCGCCUUGGAAUCGUCGACGAGGACGAUCGCGAAGAAUGCCAAGAGUGGAGCGGUCAUCGUUGAGAAGAGCACAGUCCCCUGUGGAACAGCGCGGAUUAUUUCGGAUAUCCUCCACCAGCACCGGCCGGAGACGACCUUCGAGGUCCUCUCGAACCCAGAGUUCCUCGCGGAGGGCUCCGCGGUGGCGAACCUGAUGCGGCCCGACCGGAUCCUCAUCGGCAGCGGCACGGGGCUGGCCGGCCUCCGGGCUGCGUCCGCCCUGCGCGGCGUCUACGCCGCCUGGGUGCCGCCCGAGCGCGUCCUCACCGUCAACACCUUCUCGUCGGAGCUGGCCAAGCUGGUUGCCAACGCGAUGCUGGCCCAGCGCAUCAGCAGCGUCAACGCCGUCGGCGCGCUGUGCGAGGAGCUCGGCGCCGACGUCGAGGAGGUCAGCCGCGCGCUGGGCGCCGACUCGCGCCUGGGCCCCAAGUUCCUGCACGCCGGCGUGGGCUUCGGCGGGAGCUGCUUCGAAAAGGACAUCCUCAACCUGGCGUACCUUGCCAGGUGCCUCCACCUGCCUGAGGUUGCGGACUACUGGACCAGUGUGCUGGACAUCAACAGGUAUCAGCGCGAGAGGUUCACAAAGACGGCCAUACGCAAGCUGAAUGGCACCCUCAGGGGCAAGAAGAUUGCCAUAUUCGGCUUCGCCUUCAAGAACGGCACGAAUGACACCCGCAACAGCGUCGCGGUGCACAUCAUCGCCGAGUCGGACGAGAUCCGAAGGAUCGUCAGGGACGAGGCAAUGAUGAGCCGCAUCAAGAUUGUCAGCGGGUGGAGGCACGCCGUCGAGGGGGCUUCCGCCGUCUGCAUACUCACCCAGUGGCAGCAAUUUCGCGGCACGGCGGCCGUCCCGUUGAAUAAGCUUGCAAUUUCAUCACCCAGCAAGCUUUCAAACCUGGCCUCGGACAGCGAGAAACAGCUCAGUGAAAUGGACAUCAUCGAGCUUGAGGAUCUCGCGCUCAGAACAACAGGUGCCAACUCUGAGGAUCCGUUACAGAGACUCGUGCCCCGAGUCUCCUGUGAAGCUGGCUGCAGGGAAUGCCAGAGGAACUCUACGCUGUCCGGGGACAAGGACGUCGUGGACUGGGAGAUGGUGGCAACUCUGAUGGAGAAGCACAGCUGGGUGUUUGACGGCAGGAACGUGGUGGACAGCAUUUACCUGAAGUCUCUCGGCUUCAAGGUUCACAGCAUUGGAAAGGGACUCUGA